GGAUACCUGAAAGAAAUCUUGAAAGAAAUUGGCGUUCAGAACGUAAAAGGGAUCCACAAGAACACAUGGGAGCUGAAGCCAGAGUACAGACAUUAUCAAGGAGAAGAAAGAGUGACUGAGAGGACUUUUACCAGCAUGCUGAUGCAGCAACUAAAGGAUAAACUCUCAUUGGAAGGAAUAGUGGUACAAAGAGCUGAGUGCCGACCUGCUGCCAGUGAAAACUACAUGAGAUUAAAGAGAUUGCAAAUAGAAGAGUCUUCCAAACCUGUAAGGCUAUCCCAACAACUGGACAAAGUUGUAACAACAAAUUACAAGCCUGUUGCUAAUCAUCAAUACAAUAUUGAAUAUGAAAGGAAAAAGAAAGAAGAUGGAAAGCGAGCUCGGGCUGAUAAGCAGCAUGUCCUAGACAUGCUAUUUUCAGCCUUUGAGAAACAUCAGUAUUACAAUCUUAAGGACUUGGUGGACAUCACAAAACAACCUGUGGCAGAUUCUUGCCGUAUGGUAGCCAAAAUGGCCUCCUAA